CUUGUUAAAUUCAAUAGAUUAAAAAAUAUUUUUUUAAAUAGAAAAACAAAAUGCUACAUUUUUAUAAUUUUUUCUACAGCGAGGCUGACAGUGUAACAGAUCUGAAUCAUAUUUAUACAAUUUAUAUUGGAGUUUCUUUUUCUAUUUUCGGACUGUUGGGAAAUUUUUUAUCCGUUGCUAUUUGGAAACGAAUCAACCGUAAGAGGUGCAACGAUAGAAAAAGUGCUGGUGUAUAUUUAAUCACUUUAACCGUCACAGACUCUUGCUUAUUAGUUUUGUUUUUAAGCACCGAAGCAUUACAAGCGCUGAUGCCGAAUAUUAUUCACGAUAGUUAUACUUUUUUUUAUACCCAUGUUGGAAUUCCAUUGUUUUAUUGGUAUUUUUGUUCAAGUGUAUGGAUAGUAGUUUUCCUCACAAUAAACCGCUUUAUUGCUGUAUUUUUUCCUUUACGUUCGAAACGGCUCAAUAAUCUUACAAAAACCUACAUAAUCAUAGUUGUGGUUUUCUUUCUUUCGCUUGCUUUGAAUAUACCUCGUUUUUAUAACUAUCAAAUGUUACAUAUAAGUAACAGUUCGGUUCAUGAAAUGUUCAAUCAAACACAAACAAAAUCAUUACAUUCUUAUGAAUUCGGAGUGCACUGUAUGUUUCUGCUGUCUUCUCCAUUUUUAAUAAUUUCUUUUUUAAACUCUUCGGUUAUCUAUAAACUAUGCCAAAAAAAAGGAGAAAGAGAAAGGGCAAAAAAAAUGCUUUUGUCUCAAGAAAAGAAAAUGACGUUGAUACUUUUGACAAUCUCUAUAAGUUUUUUGAUUUUUUUAAUGUGGCAGUGCGCUUCACAAUGUUUUUGGAUAAUCGAGUUAAAGAGCCAUGAUUUAAAUAGUAAUAAAACUUAUGAUCUGUUUCAUCACUUUGGAAUACUUGGCAUUGUAAUAAAUUCUUCUAAUAAUUUUAUACUUUAUUGUGUUUCUGGUGUUGAAUUUCGAAGAGAGUUCUAUGCACUUUUCAAAAGACGGUUUAAGAAUAUCGACAAGAGCCGUGCCAACAAAAAUGCAAUCAACAUUUUUCGUCAAAAACUGAAUAAAAGUGAUGAAAUCUUAUCAAAGUCAUAAACUUUGUGUUAUUUUUUUAUUUUUUACUUGUUUUAGUAUACUAAUUAUAUUAACGUUCUAAAUAACUGUUUACCAAUUUUUUGUACAGUUUUUUGAUCCUU